AUGUGCGGGAGGUUGCCCUUCUACGCCCAGGAGCACGAGCAAAUGUUCGAGCUCAUCAUCCGGGGAGAGCUGAGAUUCCCGUCCCGAUUGAGCCAAGAAGCCAAAUCCCUGCUCACCGGAUUGCUCGUCAAGGAUCCUCUUCAACGACUUGGCGGCGGCCCAGACGAUGCGAUCGAAAUCACACACCACCCGUUCUUCGGAUCGAUCGAUUGGCAGCGGUUGUAUAAUAAGGAGAUUGAGCCUCCAUUCAAGCCGCUUGUCACCUCCGACACCGACACCUCCUAUUUUGAUACCACGUUUACCUCCGAGCCAGUGCAGCUGACACCUCCACCGGUACGCGCCGGUCCACUCGAUACGGUUGCCGAAGAGGAGGAGAUGAUCCAACAAAACUUUACCCAUUUCUCCUACAAACACGAGGCCAGCCCCCGACAACAUCAGCAGGCCGUCGAAAUGAUGGAA